GCCCUCCCGGCUCUCCGCCUCGCCCUCCCGGCUCUCCACCCUCGGGAACAACAUGGCAGAUAAUCUCAGUGAUACCUUGAAGAAGCUGAAGAUAACAGCUGUUGACAGAACUGAGGAUAGUUUAGAAGGAUGCUUGGAUUGUCUGCUUCAAGCCCUGACUCAAAAUAAUAUGGAAACAAGUGAAAAAAUCCAAGGAAGUGGGAUACUUCAAUUGUUUUCAAGUCUGUUGAUUCCACAGUCUUCCUGUACAGCCAAAGUAGCUAACAUCAUAGCUGAAGUAGCCAAAAAUGAGUUUAUGCGAAUUCCGUGUGUGGAUGCUGGAUUGAUUUCACCACUGGUGCAGCUACUAAAUAGCAAAGACCAGGAAGUGCUGCUUCAAACGGGCAGGGCUCUAGGAAACAUAUGUUAUGAUAGCCAUGAGGGCAGAAGUGCAGUUGACCAAGCAGGUGGUGCACAGAUUGUAAUUGACCAUUUAAGGUCACUGUGCAGUAUAACAGAUCCCGCCAAUGAGAAGCUCUUGACUGUCUUUUGUGGCAUGCUGAUGAACUAUAGCAAUGAGAAUGAUUCCCUUCAGGCCCAGCUUAUCAAUAUGGGUGUUAUUCCUACCUUAGUGACAUUACUGGGCAUCCACUACCAAAAUGCAGCUCUUACAGAAAUGUGUCUCAUAGCAUUUGGCAAUUUAGCAGAACUUGAGUCCAGUAAAGAACAGUUUGCCAGUACAAACAUUGCUGAAGAGAUGGUAAAACUCUUCAAGAAACAAAUAGAACACGAUAAGAGGGAAAUGAUUUUUGAAGUUCUUGCUCCUUUGGCAGAAAAUGAUGCUAUUAAACUACAGCUGGUUGAAGCAGGCUUGGUAGAAUGUCUACUAGAGAUUGUUCAGCAGAAAGUGGAUAGUGACAAAGAGGAUGAUGUUGCUGAGCUCAAAACUGCUUCAGAUCUAAUGGUUUUAUUACUUCUUGGAGGACUAGAGAUAAUAAGCCUGGAAAAGAGGAGGCUUCACUGUUUAUAUGAAUCCAUGCAGAAAUUAUUUGAAGGAGGAAAAGGUAAUGUGUUUCAAAGGGUGUUGUCCUGGAUUCCAUCAAAUAACCACCAGCUGCAGCUUGCUGGAGCGUUGGCGAUUGCAAAUUUUGCCAGAAAUGAUGGAAAUUGUAUCCAUAUGGUAGACAAUGGAAUUGUAGAGAAACUUAUGGAUUUACUGGACAGACAUGUAGAAGAUGGAAAUGUAACAGUACAGCAUGCAGCACUAAGUGCCCUCAGAAACCUGGCCAUUCCAGUUGUAAAUAAAGCAAAGAUGUUAUCAGCUGGGGUCACAGAGGCAGUUUUGAAAUUCCUUAAAUCCGAAAUGCCCCCGGUUCAGUUCAAACUUCUGGGGACAUUAAGAAUGUUAAUAGAUGCACAAGCAGAAGCUGCUGAACAACUAGGAAAGAAUAUUAAGUUAGUGGAGCGUUUGGUGGAAUGGUGUGAAGCCAAAGACCACGCUGGUGUGAUGGGAGAGUCAAACAGACUGCUCUCUGCCCUCAUACGACACAGUAAAUCAAAAGAUGUAAUUAAAACCAUUGUACAGAGUGGUGGCAUCAAGCAUCUAGUUACCAUGGCAACUAGUGAACAUGUAAUAAUGCAGAAUGAAGCCCUUGUUGCUUUGGCACUAAUAGCAGCUUUAGAAUUGGACACUGCUGAGAAAGAUCUAGAAAGUGCUAAACUUGUACAGAUUUUACACAAACUGCUAGCAGAUGAGAGAAGUGCUCCUGAAAUAAAAUAUAAUUCCAUGGUUCUGAUCUGUGCUCUCAUGGGAUCCGAAUCUCUACACAAGGAAGUACAGGAUUUGGCCUUUCUAGAUGUUGUAUCCAAACUUCGCAGUCAUGAGAACAAAAGUGUUGCCCAACAGGCCUCUCUCACAGAGCAGAGACUUACUGUGGAGAGCUGAGAACUGCCCCUCCCUGAUACAUGGCAUCAUCCCAUCUCUGGUUUCCCCUUUGUCCUCCAUCCAGGUGCCUCUUCUGCUUCAUUCACUUCCAUAUCACUUGUGCAUGCCUGUAAUGUUUCAAUACCAAUUGAAGAACUCUGUAGGUACCUGCCUAAUAAGAUUUCUAAACCCAUAGUUAGUGUGAACAUGAAUUUGUCAAAAACAAGUCUCCACCCAUAACUGUUCUUUUGUAUUCCUGUUGCUUGAGCUAUAUUAAGUAGAAUGUGCAUGUUGUAGUCCUAUGAUGAUGUUAACUUGGUACUACAUAAUGACUUGCUCCUCACACUUGGUAAACUACAUAAUAAUGUACUGGUAAAUUAGCAAGAAACAAGAAUGCAGCAGAAUCUGUCUAGCUUAUUAAAGAUGAUAUUGAAUAGUAAAAAUAGCUCCAUUUUUUGGUGCUUGGUAAGCACAGUGACCAAAAAACUGUAUGGCUGUUCAUUCAUUAGUCUUACCUACUAAUGUCAAACUCAUGGUACCUAGAGUUAAAUAAAAUCCAAUGCUCUCACUCUUUACACUAUGGUUUCUCCUUCUUCCUAACUAUGUAGACUCUUGAAACUGCCACAAACUUGGCAGAACUUCCUGGGGUUUUUAAUUUCAUGUUUAAUUGGCUCUCAUCAGUAACCUGAUGUUGAAAACAUUUGUAGUUUUCAGUAUGAAACUACGGGGUUGAAGACUCCCUUUUACACUAGUACAUCUUGGAUUUUUGGCUGUAUUUUAGAUUCUUAUAUAUAUACAGAUUCACCUUAGAACUUUUUCAUCAACUAAUCAGGGUUGUCCAACACUUAUCUAUAAAAGUCACUUUGGCAUUUGUUUUCAACUAAGGAAACAAAUAUAGCUCAUUGGAGACUGGAUUUUUUUUCCCCUGUUUUUCAUCAUUUAGCUCAAAAGCAAGAGGUUUCCUCUCAGAGUCUUUUAAAAUCAUAUUAGAACUAGCAGGACAUAGGAAAACAUUAAGAAAUCUUUGUCUAGAUUAAAGAAAGGAAGCAGGUUAUAAAGCCAUAUAGCCAGUCCAGUUCAUCCUGCAGAUGGCCUCAUACCAGUAGCUGUUAGAGUCCCCACCUCCACUUCCUACAGGGAACUGCAGAUUUUAAAGGCUCUCUCAGAAAAGGUGACAGCGCCAGGACCCGGGAAAGGAGAAGACCUCCUUGGAGAACCAUAAUGUGCUCUUCACUGCCACUACCACCACCAAAUGGAUUUUGAGAGCUUUGAAACAGUCUUUGUAAGUUAAUCAAAGCAUCCCUGUGACAUACCUGCCUUCUCCCUGUGCCCAAGUUUGACAAACAGUGCCUGAGAGGUAGAAUAGGCUGCAUUGUGGAAGGACUGCAGGACAGAUGGGCAGCCAGGGUAGAGGCUCCUUCCCCCACAUGAGAUGGUGUACGUCUCUAGGCGAUCAAAGUUGGACUUUGGACUCUGAAACAGCUAUAAUUCAAGAAAGUUAAAACCCCAGUGGAGGUAAAGAACCCUUUGACUAAUUAUUCCCUUGAUACCCAAGAAAGGGACUGCUGUAUGUACACUUACUGCAAGAAGGAUCUUGUUUACUAUCUUCUUCUGGACUGGAUAGUGAACUAUAUUUUAUGAUAGUUUUGAAAGACAUCUGUAAUGUAAAGACUGUCCAUAUUAAUAACUAAAUAAAUAAAUUGUAUAUCAAACCA